AUGCCCCUCACCGUGGCGUCCGGCCCGGCGGGUUGCCAGCUCUUCGGUUACGUGGGAAUCGAAGCCGUGCUCGACCAGAUGAAAAUCAAAACCAUGAAGACGGGCUUCGAGUUCAACAUCAUGGUUGUGGGGCAGAGCGGGCUGGGGAAGUCGACGAUGGUGAACACCCUCUUCAAGUCCAAAGUGAGCCGCAAAGCCUCGCAGCCCGGCCAGGAGGAACGCAUCCCCAAGACGGUGCAGCUGCAGUCCAUCACCCAUGUCAUCGAGGAGAAGGGUGUGAAGAUGAAGCUGACGGUGACGGACACGCCGGGGUUUGGGGACCAGAUCAACAACGAGAACUGCUGGGACCCCAUCAUCAAAUACAUCAACGAGCAGUACGAGAGGUACCUACGUGAGGAGAUCCUCAUCACCCGCAAGAGGAAGAUCCCGGACACCCGGGUCCAUGGAUGCGUCUACUUCGUCCCCCCCACGGGUCACUGGCUGCGCCCACUGGACCUGGAGUUCAUGCGGCGGCUCAGUAAGAUCGUGAACGUGGUGCCGGUGAUCGCCAAAGCCGACACGCUCACCCUGGAGGAACGGGCAGAGUUCAAGCAACGGAUCCAGGAGGACCUGAAGACCCACGCCAUCAGCGUGUACCCGCAAGAGGACUUCGACCAGGACCCAGAUGACAGGGCACUGAAUGACAGGAUUCGGGAGAAGAUCCCCUUUGCCGUGGUGGGGGCCGACCAGGAGCACCAGGUGAACGGCAAGCGGGUGCUGGGCCGCAAGACCAAGUGGGGCAUCAUUGAAGUGGAGAACCCGGCACACUGCGAGUUCCCCCUCCUGCGGGACCUGCUGAUC